CCUCUCGCUAUAUCUAACUCUCUCAAUUUUAAAUUAUCAGUUUUAAUGGCGGUUGAAGCAACGCAUCCCAAUUUGUUUCCUCCGCAAUUUCUUCAACACAGAGAAAAUUUUAUGAAUCCUCCCCACGAAGGGCAUGCGUACAGCCACAAGUUUGAGGCGGUGAAUCAGCACUUUGUUUCCGAAUCUAAGACCCAUUUUCCGGCUACCAGAAAGCGAUAUAGAGAUGAAUUAUUCGGUGAAAACAUGUUGCCACAAUUCCGGCGUGAGAUCGACUCCUUAAUUCAUCAACAUACGAUGAAAAUCCGAUUGGAAUUGAAGCAGCAGGCGAAGAUGGCGGCGGCGAGGAUGGGAGAGUCGAUGGCGAAGACGCUGCGGGAGAAAGACGAUGAGAUCGAGAAAAUGGCGAGAUUGAAUCAGAUGCUGGAGGAAAAGGCGAAAGGCCUCUACCUUGAGAGCCAGCUGUGGCAGGAGAUGGCGCGGGCCAACGAGGCGGCCGCGAAUUCCCUCCGACACGCGCUAGCUCAAUUUGGAGGCGCAGCAACGGCGGCGGUGGAGGAGGAUGUGGAGUCGUGCGGCAGCUGCUGCGAUGAGACGACGGAGAGGAGGAUGUGCCGGAUUUGCGGGGAGAGGCAGUGCUGCGUGGUGGUGCUGCCGUGCCGCCACCUCUGCUUCUGCAGCGGUUGCGGAAGCGGGCUCCACCAAGCCUGCCCCGUUUGUAAUGCUAGCAUGACCGCCACGCUGCACGUAAACAUGUCCUGA